GUAAGACAAUGAGGACAAACUUAACGUGUUUGCUACUCCACCGGCUACACACAGCACCACAAAAAUUAUCGUUUUAAUCACACCGUAAACAGAAUAAUUAAACAGAGUACCAAUGUUUAGAAAUAAUAGAUCGACUGUAUGAAAUAUAUUAGUGAAGUAUAUGAGAUUAAUGCGCUGUUUAGGAGCAGGAGUCGCGUAGUUACAGUUCUAUGCUAACACAGUGACCAUGGCUGCAGUGUUUUUGAAAACUCACAUCAAUGGAACUAUAAACAAACAUCUGCUGACGCUGAUCUGGACCAAAGGAUCCGUCAGACAUGGCUCUGUGGGCCGGAUCGAGAAGGUGGUCAUCGCUAACAGAGGAGAGAUCGCCUGUCGGGUGAUGAGGACGGCCAGGAAGAUGGGGGUUCGUUCGGUCGCGGUUUACAGCGAUGCAGACAGGCAGUCCAUGCAUGUGGCCAUGGCGGACGAGGCGUAUCACAUCGGUCCAGCAGCGUCUCAGCAGAGUUACCUGUGCAUGGACAAGAUCCUGGACGUGGCCAAAAAAUCCUCUGCACAGGCGGUUCACCCCGGAUAUGGUUUCCUCUCUGAAAACACUGAGUUUGCCGAACAGUGCAAACAGGAAGGCAUCAUCUUCAUUGGCCCUCCUUCAUCAGCCAUUCGGGACAUGGGCAUCAAAAGCACAUCCAAACACAUCAUGUCAGCUGCCGGCGUGCCAAUCAUCGAGGGUUACCAUGGAGACGACCAAUCAGAUGCGAGACUUCAGAGCGAGGCAGCAAGGAUUGGUUACCCUGUGAUGAUCAAAGCGGUUCGAGGAGGUGGAGGAAAGGGAAUGCGAAUCGCGCAGUCAGAAGCAGAGUUUCAUGAACAGCUGGAGUCCGCAAGAAGAGAAGCUCGCAAAUCCUUCAAUGAUGACGUGAUGCUGAUAGAGAAGUUUGUUGAAAACCCCAGACACGUGGAGGUGCAGGUGUUUGGAGAUCAGUAUGGGGACGCGGUGUAUCUGUUUGAGAGAGACUGUAGUGUUCAGAGGCGACACCAGAAGAUCAUCGAGGAGGCUCCAGGGCCAGGCAUCAGUCCUGAGGUCAGGAGGAAACUUGGAGAGGCCGCGGUUCGAGCAGCUAAAGCAGUCAACUAUGUCGGAGCAGGAACUGUGGAGUUCAUCAUGGACGCGCAGCACAAUUUCUACUUCAUGGAGAUGAACACGCGUCUGCAGGUGGAGCAUCCGGUCUCAGAGAUGAUCACAGGAACUGACCUGGUGGAGUGGCAGCUGCGGGUAGCCGCGGGAGAGAAGCUUCCUCUCACUCAGGAGCAGAUCGAGCUGCGAGGUCAUUCAUUUGAAGCCAGAAUAUAUGCUGAAGACCCCAAUAACAACUUUCUUCCCGGAGCAGGACCUCUGUUACACCUGUCCACACCACCGGGAGACCAGAACACUCGCAUCGAGACGGGAGUCAGAGAAGGUGAUGAAGUCUCCGCUCAUUAUGACCCGAUGAUCGCGAAACUGGUGGUUUGGGGUGAAGAUCGUUCAGCCGCUCUGAAGAAACUCAGAUACUGCCUUCGACAAUACAAUAUCGUGGGUCUCAACACCAACAUCGACUUCCUGCUGAGCCUGUCGGGACAUCCAGAGUUUGAGGCGGGAAACGUUCACACCAGCUUCAUCCCGCAGCACUACGAUCAACUGUUUCCAGCCGCUCAGAGUCCGUCAGGGGAAGUGAUCUGUCAGGCGGCGCUCGGCCUGCUGCUCCGAGAAAAACAGCAGACGCAGAAAUACAGAGAGCAGACCAGUGACGUGUUUUCUCCGUUUGCCUCCAGUAACGGGAGACGAUUGAACGUUCUGCAAUGCAGAAACAUGAGCCUGCAGCUCGGAGACAACAAAGUGGCAGUAUCAAUUACCUACAACCCUGACGGCACAUACAGUAUGGAGACUGGUGGUCAGGUGUUUGCUGUAUCAGGAGAGCUCCAGCUGGAGGGGGACGUGACGUACCUGUGCUGCUCAGUCAAUGGAGUUCUGUCCCGACCCAAACUGGUCAUCCUGGACAACACCGUACACAUCUUUUCUAUGGAAGGAAGUGCGCAAGUGGACGUCCCAGUGCCCAAGUUUCUGGCAGGUGUCAGUGGCUCCAGUGCACAGGGUGGCGCUGUUGCACCCAUGACCGGCACUAUAGAAAAGGUUUUAGUCAAGGCUGGAGACUCAGUCCAGAAAGGAGAUCCAUUAAUGGUGAUGAUUGCCAUGAAAAUGGAGCACACCAUCCGCGCACCCAAAGCCGGCGUCAUCAAGAAGGUGUUCUUCAAGGAGGGCUCGCAGGCCAGCAGACAUGCAGCUUUGGUGGAGAUGGAGGAGGAAGAGGAGGCCGCUGGAGAAGAGUAAAGACACACCAUGAAAAAUACACUCAGAUCGAUCCUCAUUAAAAUCUAGUGAAGCACUACACUUUACUUUGGACCUUUAGAGAUUUAAGAAGCUCACUUAAAACCGUUUUGAUUAUGUAAAAGCAUUUGGUGUCACUUGUAGCUUGCUUUGUGUGGAUUUUCCUGAUUAUUUAGUGUUUUAGUAAUUAUUUUGUACACAAAAAUAACCACACACAUUUAAACAAAACCAUCUCUCUGAUGUUGUUGUCUGCCCCAUACUUAUUACCAAUAUCAAAGGAUUGGUUAACACUGAUUUGUGGUGAACAAGGUGCCUUGAUGUUGGUUUGACAAGAAUCUGUAACGACUUACACUUAAUCAUUAAAGAUUUCUUUUCUA